UCUCGAUCACUUGAAUGCUAGAAUUCAAGAUGGCGGCUGCCACAAAAUGGUGGACGUUGGUUGCCGCGUUUAUUUUGUCACUUUGUGUGAAUAGAGCUACUCCUUCGGCGGAGAUUAUGAAGAAGUUGACUACUGGGUUUGCCACAGCACUGGAUAAGUGUAAGACCGAGCUAAACGUCCAAGAGAACAUAAUGCAAGAUUUCUACAACUUCUGGCGCGAAGAUUUCGAGCUACUGAACCGUGACACGGGCUGCGUCAUUCUCUGUAUGGCCUUGAAAUUCGACCUCAUUGAUGAAGAUGCCAAGCUGCAUCAUAAGAAUGCACAUGAGUUCGCUAAGACUCAUGGAGCAGAUGAUGACCUUGCCAAACAGCUAGUAACCAUGAUACACGAGUGCGAGAAAGCUAAUACCGAAGCUGACGAUUGUAUCAGGGCAUUGGAAAUCGCCAAGUGUUUCAGAACCAAGAUCCAUGGGCUCAAGUGGGCGCCUAGCAUGGAGACGGUGCUGGAGGAGGUGAUGACUGAAGUCAAGCCAUCGUAA